GGCCGCGGUGGGAGGCGGCGGCGACCCUGGCACCGAGGAAACAUGGCAGAGUAUUCGCGGUUGCGGAGCUGCCUGGCGCUGAUUCGCCUCCGAAACCCGCCGCUCAACCCAAUCAGUAUAGCUGUCUUCAAUGGAAUAAAAGAGGGACUACAGAAAGCUAUAACAGACCCUACAGUAAAAGCCAUUGUGAUUUGUGGAGCAGAUGGCAACUUCUCUGCAGGUGCUGAUAUCCAUGGCUUCAGUGCUCCUGUUUCUUCUAAGUUCACAUUAGGAAAUUUAGUAGAUGAAAUGCAGAGAAGUGAAAAGCCCUUGGUGGCAGCAAUCCAAGGCAUGGCUUUAGGAGGCGGACUAGAGCUGGCCCUGGGCUGCCACUAUAGGAUUGCCCAUGCAGAGGCUCAAGUGGGCUUCCCAGAAGUCAAAUUAGGACUUCUUCCUGGUGCAAGAGGAUCCCAGCUUCUCCCCAGGCUCAUUGGAGUUCCUGCUGCACUCGAUUUAAUUACCUCAGGAAGACAUGUUUUGGCAGAUGAAGCACUCAAACUGGGUAUUCUAGAUGAAAUUGUCAACUCAGACCCAGUUGAAGAAGCAAUCAAAUUAGCCCAGAGAGUUUUAGAUCAGUCUCUAGAGUCCCGUAGACUCUUCAACAGGCCAGUGCAGAGCUUGCCCAACAUGGACUCUGUUUUCAGUGAAGCCCUUCUGAAGAUGCGGAAGCAGCACCCUGGGUGCCUUUCUCAGGAGACUUGUGUCCGUGCAGUCCAGGCUGCCGCACAGUAUCCCUAUGAGGUGGGCAUCAAGAAGGAGGCCGAGCUGUUUCUGUACCUCCGGCAAUCAGGGCAGGCUAGAGCCCUGCAGUAUGCUUUCUUUGCUGAGAGGAAUGCACAUAAGUGGUCAGUUCCCUCCGGAGCAUCCUGGAAAACGGCGUCGGCCCGGCCCAUCUCCUCCGUGGGCGUUCUCGGCUUGGGAACAAUGGGUCGAGGCAUUGUCAUUUCUCUUGCAAAGGCCAAGAUUCCUGUGAUUGCUGUGGAAUCAGACAAGAAACAGCUAGAAACUGCUAACAAGAUAAUAACCUCCUUCUUUGUAAAGGAAGGAUUGAAAAUGCAGCAGAGUGGCCACACUUGGUCAGGACCAAAACCCAGGUUAACUACAUCUUUGAAGGAGCUUAGUAGUGUAGAUUUAGUCAUUGAAGCAGUAUUUGAGGAAAUGAAUCUGAAGAAGCGGGUCUUUGCUGAACUGUCAGCUGUGUGCAAGCCAGAAGCUUUUUUGUGCACCAAUACGUCAGCCCUGGACAUAGAUGAGAUUGCUUCAUCCACUGAUCGUCCUCACUUGGUCAUUGGUACCCAUUUCUUCUCACCAGCUCAUGUCAUGAAGUUGUUAGAGGUUAUUCCCAGCCGAUACUCUUCCCCCACUACUAUCGCCACUGUUAUGAACUUAUCAAAAAAGAUUAAAAAAUUUGGAGUAGUUGUAGGCAAUUGUUUUGGAUUUGUUGGGAAUCGAAUGUUGAUUCCUUAUUACAAUCAGUCGUAUUUCUUGUUGGAAGACGGCAGUAAGCCAGAGGAGAUUGAUGAGGUGCUGGAGGACUUUGGUUUCAAAAUGGGACCUUUUAGAGUGUCUGAUCUUGCUGGGUUAGAUAUAGGUUGGAAAUCUCGAAAGGGGCAAGGUCUUACUGGACCUACAUUGCCUCCAGGGACUCCUGCCCGAAAGCGAGGCAACAGGAGAUAUUGCCCAAUUCCUGAUAUGCUCUGUGAAUCAGGACGAUUUGGCCAGAAGACAGGGGAGGGUUGGUACCAAUAUGACAAGCCAUUGGGUAGGAUUCACAAACCUGAUCCCUGGAUUUCCAAAUUUCUGUCACAGUACAGGGAAACCUAUCACAUUGAACCACGUAUCGUUAGCAAGGAUGAGAUUCUUGAGCGCUGCUUAUAUUCGCUCAUUAAUGAAGCAUUCCGUAUCUUGGGAGAUGGGAUAGCUGCCAGCCCAGAACACAUUGAUGUUGUCUAUUUACAUGGGUAUGGAUGGCCAAGGCACAAGGGUGGGCCCAUGUUCUAUGCGUCCACAGUUGGGUUGCCCAUAGUGCUAGAGAAGUUGCAGAAAUACUACAGGCAGAAUCCUGAUAUUCCCCAACUAGAGCCUUGUGACUAUCUGAAAAAAUUGGCUUCCCAAGGAAACCCUCCUCUGAAAGAAUGGCAAAGCUUGGCAGGACCCCCCAGCAGUAAACUGUGAUUCAGCCUUUCAGGUUAUGCCUCACAUGCUGGCAUCAGGUAAUGCUCACUGAGCAUUAGAUUUAAAUCCAAAGAUCCAAAGUAAAAUUGCUCUGAAAUACAAAGCUAAAGAAAUAAUCAGCUAAACCUCCUCUUUGGGUCUGCUGCCUGAUGAUUCUAAUGGGUCGAAUAUUCAGUAAUGUGCUUCCUAUGCCUCUGAAUCUGUCCCUACCAGAUAAACUAUUCCAAUCCCAAUGAAUAAACUCAUGUUAAUACUUUUAUAGCUAAGAAGAGAGCCUCAGAAAUAAGGUGAGGUUCCCAAGUGCUUUUAUCAUUGGAGACAUAUGUAAUCAUUUAACAACUGAUAAAAGCAACUAAGUUAUAAAUUAAUUUUGACCCCCUUCAGCCUCAUACACAUAGCACUAAUAGGAAAUCUUAUGGAUCCUUCAUUCAAUAAACAUUCACUGUGUCUCCCCUGAGCAUCAGACCUAGAGCCCAGGCAGGCAUUAAUCCAGCAUGGAUGCCUGUGAUGAAGUUCAGUCCAUAGUCUCAGACGUGUAAUGGAGAUAGUUGUCAGGGUUGAGUCAGCAGUGAAGGUCACUGUGAGUGAGCAUGAAAGCUGCCCAAGGGAAGGCAGAGUGUCAAAGGCGGAACAGAGUUGAAGUUACAGGCAAGACACAGUUGGGAACUGGUGAGGGGCCAAGUACUUCAGACCAGAAUGGGGAACUCAGAGUAGCUUGGCAAGUCAUGCUCAGUACUAGUAGAUCGCUUCUGUCCAAGGCCCACUCACACAUGUUCACAGUUGUGCUUGCUGCCUGCAAGGGGCUCAGUAAUGUUUGUUGAUAAUUACCUUGAGAUCAGGGGAUAUCCUGGUCUUUCUUUGCUCUUUUAUUCAUGGAGAAAUAAUAGGUAGUAGUAUGUUGUUGACUUAGUGUAAGAAGGGAUCUUAGAGAACAUCUAACCUCCUCCAAUUCUAUCUUUGAUUUAGAUUCUGUAAUGAUGACAGUUUUCCUGUCAUGAUAAGCCUUUGUGUUAUUGGGUGUGAAAAUGGUUGAGUCUUGAAAAAAAUCCAAAAUUAUUAUAGAACAAAUUUCUUAUAACUUUGUUAUAAUUAUAAGACUUCCCUUUUAAUGUUUUGUGUGGUUGGUUAACAGUUGGGGGG